CCAUUUGAAGAAGGAUAACGAGAAGAUAACAAGCAAUACCCAAACCACUGAAUAAAAUCGUCUUUCCUUCUCUCCUCUUUCUUCCUCAUCAACUCCCAAAGGCGCAACCCACGAAUCAGGCAAACCCACCUCCACAUGUUAUCGCUAUGUGUUCAAUCCACUACGGUUUACUCCGGGGCUUGUUCUCCCUCAUUCAACCCCAACCACGACUACCCACGUCGCCGAUUGCCUUCUCAAUUCAGACUCCGACUCCGCCGAAGUAAUGUCCAUGUGUUCUCCAUCGAUCAAAGUGGUUACUUCCAAACCAAUGUUAAGGUUCAGUACGACAGUUCGAAGAAUCUGAGAACGUUGUUUCCCGGAGGUUAUAAGCGGCCGGAGAUCAAAGUUCCUGGCCUCGUGCUGAAACUGAGCGCUGAUGAGUUACUCAAGGAUAAGACUGCAUUGGAUAAGGUUGAUGAAGCGGUGGCUAAAAGCAGCGUUGGGGUUGUUCUGCUUGAUGGAGGGGAUAGCAGCGGAGGGAGGUUAUAUGAGGCGGCGUGUUUGCUCAAGUCGGUGAUUAGGGAUAGGGCGUAUCUGGGUAUUAAGGAAAGAGUUGAUAUAGCGGCUGCUAUCGGUGCUAGUGGGGUUGUGCUUUCUGAUCAAGGUUUCUAUGUUUGUUGCUUUUGUUUUUGGUUAUUUGAUAGCAUGAGAAGUUAAGUUGGUGAAAUGAUC